AGAGCCUGGAACCAAUAUAUUGUAGACACAUAAAAAAACCCCACCAUGUCGGUUGCCUUUGCUUCUGCUCGCCCAAGAGGCAAAGGGGAGGUCACCCAGCAAACUAUCCAGAAGAUGCUAGAUGAGAAUCACCAUCUAAUACAAUGUAUUAUGGAUUAUCAGAGCAAGGGGAAAACUGCAGAAUGUACUCAAUACCAACAAAUCUUGCACAGAAACCUGGUUUACCUGGCAACAAUAGCAGAUUCUAACCAGAAUAUGCAGUCCUUGCUUCCUGCUCCACCAACGCAAAACAUAAACUUGGGCCCAGGAGGAAUGACUCAGAGUGCAUCCAACCAAUCUCUCCAUUCACAGAGCAAUCUCAGCGAUGCAAUUGGGACGGGCCUUCCUCCUUCCUCCCUCAUGCAGAGUCAGAUUAGCAAUGGUCCUAAUCACGUGUCUAUGCAGCAGUCAGGCCAGAACACUAUGCCCACAACCUCUCUGAGUAUGACUGUCAGCAGUCAUGGAACUGGGCCUGGUUAUAGCCAUACAGUGCCUGCAUCUCAGAAUGUGCCAAUGCAAGGCCAGGGGUCAAUAGGCAAUUAUGUCUCUCGAACAAACAUCAACAUGCAGUCUAAUCCAGUCUCCAUGAUGCACCAGCAAGCAGCAACAUCACAUUACAACUCGGCACAAGGAGGGAGCCAGCAUUACCAGGGGCAAUCCUCCAUUGCCAUGAUGAGUCAGAGCAAUCAAGGCAACAGCAUGAUGGGUCAGCGACCAAUGGGCCCUUACAGAGCUUCACAACAAGGUUCCUCACAGCAGUACAUGGGUCAGGAAGAAUAUUACAGUGAACAGUACAGUCAUGGACAAGGCUCCUCAGAACCUAUGAAUCAGCAAUAUUAUCCAGAUGGACAUGGUGAUUAUGCCUAUCAGCAGUCAUCCUAUACUGAGCAGAGCUAUGACAGGUCAUUUGAUGAUUCUACACAACACUAUUAUGAAGGAGGAAAUUCUCAGUACAGCCAGCAGCAGGCAGGAUACCAACAGGGAGCUGCACAACAGCAAACGUAUUCCCAGCAGCAAUACCCAAAUCAACAAAGUUACCCAGGACAACAGCAAGGAUAUGGUCCUGCACAAGGAGCUUCUUCACAGUAUUCCAGCUACCAACAGGGACAGGGGCAGCAAUAUGGAAGUUACAGAGCUUCUCAGACAGGCCCAUCCGCUCAGCAACAGAGGCCUUACGGCUACGAGCAGGGACAAUAUGGAAAUUACCAGCAAUAA